GAAAUAUCCACACUAAUUUACCUAUUGCUCUCUUAUAAUCUAUAAGGAAUAUUUUCUUAUAAAUUUUGUAAACUAAAAUUUGUUUCUCAAAGGGAAUCAAGUCCGACUCAUCGCGAGAUUUCGAAAUGUGAAAAAUUUUGAAGAAAAAAAACAAAGAUUUUUUACAUUGGAUAUUAGCCAUCUCGAGGCUUCAUAGGGGCUUCAAAUAUGUCCAACAAAAUUAUCAUCCGUGUACAGUCCUCCAAACAUGGUACACGCAGAAUUGAAUCUAAGCCCACGGAGAGGAUUGAUGAUUUUUUCGAGAAGGUGAGAUCUACAUUUGAAUUGCCAGAGACAGGAUGGACAGUGUGUAUGAACAGAGACCAGACAGGGGCCAUAAAACCAUCAAGGAGUAAAACAUUAUCAACAUCAAAAAUCAAGCAUGGAGACAUGUUAUACCUGAUCCUCUCAGCCAGUGUUAAAGUACCUGAAGAUGAGCCUGACAGUGCAAUGGACGUUGGUGACUCAUCAGCAGUUCCCAUGACAACGGAGACAACAAACAAACCAAAACCAGUCAUCCCCAUAGUGAUAGAAGAUGAAAUAGAUGUCAUACUUGAUAAAAUGGAUGGAAGGAUACAAAGAGAGAAGAAUGAACAGCUUUGCCACCAUGGUGCCCAAGGGAAAUGUUUACACUGUGUUCCACUUGAGCCCUAUGAUGAACAGUAUCUCAACAGUGCUGACCCUCCCAUCAAGUUUCUGUCCUUCCAUUCCUAUAUUAGGAAAUUAUGUGGAGGCGCAGAUAAGGGGAAAUUUGCAAUGUUAGAGAAUAUAAGCUGUAAAAUAAAACAAGGCUGUACAAAGCAUCCUCCUUGGCCCAAAGGCAUCUGUUCGAAAUGUCAGCCUAACGCAGUCACACUUAAUAGACAGACAUAUAGACACAUAGAUUAUACAAUGUUUGAGAAUCCUGCUAUUAUGGAACGAUUCUUGAAUUAUUGGCGUCGGACAGGAAGUCAGCGUAUAGGUUUCAUGUUUGGACGUUACGAACACCAUAAAGAGGCCCCUUUAGGUAUCAAAGCAACUGUAGCAGCUAUUUACGAACCUCCACAGGUGUGUAGUAAAUCUAGUGUUGAACUCCUUCCUGACCCCCAAGAACAAGUAGUGGACCAGUUAGCUGCUAAGCUAGGGCUAAGGAGGCUUGGCUGGAUAUUCACAGACUUAGUAGCUGAGGAUCUUAAGAAAGGGACAGUGAAACACUUCAGAGGAAACAUCAACUCUCAUUUCCUGAGUGCAGAAGAAUGUAUAAUGGCGGCAGAUUUCCAGAAUAAAUACCCAAAUGCCUGUAGAUUAUCUCCAGACGGACAUUUCGGCUCCAAGUUUGUUACAGUUGUAGCGACAGGUGACUCGACCAAUCAGAUCCAUUUUGAGGGCUACCAGGUAUCCAAUCAGUGCAUGGCUCUGGUGAACGACGAGUGCUUAAUCCCCACACGAGAUGCCCCUGAAUUAGGUUACAUUAAAGAAUCUUCAAACGAGCAGUAUGUCCCCGAUGUUUUCUACAAGUACAAAGACAAAUAUGGGAAUGAGGUGACCCAGUUGGCAAGGCCUUUACCUGUUGAAUACCUCUUAAUAGAUCUCCCUGCGGCAUUCCCUGUGGAGCCCCAGUACACAUUCAAUGGUGCCAACUCACCCACACCCUUUCCUGUGGAGAAUAGGGCUGAACUAGGAGAGAUACAGGACUUUAAUUCAUUCUGUGAGUACAUGGCACAUUACGAGCGAGACAAAUUUCUAGAGGCAGUAUCAAACUUCCACCUUCUCCUAUACCUAGCCACAGAUGAUAUGUUACCUGUUAAGGGUAACAUGGAAACAUUAUUGGAAGCUGUAAGAACCAAAGAUGAAGGACUGGCCCACCAUUGGUCAAAGUCAGAGGAAUGGGCAACAGUUGAACAACUCAUUCAAGUACAUUCGUCAUCCCCAGGUGUUUCUCGAGAGACUUCCUAUGUCGGUCCUAAUGCUCAACCACUGCCACCUAUUGGCGGAAAUGGAAAUGAGGCUACAUGGAGCUGUAAACACUGCACUUUCAUGAACCCUUCAAGUAAAUCUUCAUGCGACAUGUGUAGCCUACCCAAAUAGAUAUAUUCCAGUCCAAUAUAUUGAACUGCCCUUUAUAUCAUUUGUGGUGGUUUGAUCAGUUUUAAAGUGCAAAUCCAGGACUAUUUCAGUGAGCCACAAGUCUUCACAUGUGUGUGUGUUUUCCUUUUGGAAAUCCUAGCUGAUUGAUGCAAUGUUUACAAAACAAGUUACUUUAAUAGAGGCUAGGUCCUGAAAAGUAACUUUCAUGAAACAAACAUACAAUUUUGCCCUGACCUCUUCCUGUUUUUUCAUGUUUGGACAAUGAACUAUAUGCACUAUAUUGAGGAUGUAAAGAAUACUGUGAGUGCAUAAAUGCUUUGAGUAAAUAAGUGCAACAGAAGCACAAGGCACAAGAGACAAGGAGGGAAUUGAUGUAUGGGAUUUCCUUUUGUGUAAAAUGUGCACAGGAGGUGAAUACUGGACCAUCUUUUAUGUCAUGUGACCUUGGUUUGACCAAUUAGAAAAUGACAAGUUUUCCAGUAAUGCAAUGAACAUUUGCCAAAAGUGACUGACACACAAAAUGAUUGUAAGGGAAUCUGCCAAAUUGAAAAGUAUCAUUACCUGGACAAAAGUUGUGAAAAUUAAUUGAUUCAUCGAAUUGAUGAUGAGAUCAAUUACUUUUCCUGUAAUAUGUAUAUUUAUUAAUGGAAGAAAUCUGACCAAUUGUUAAAUUCAAAAUUUGUUUAAUAAUUAGAUCAAUGGAUCAGGAUAAUUGUCUUAAUUAUUGUUAAACUGAUUUUGUCAAUUUGUUAGUAUAUUUAUGUGGAAUA